UUGUCUGGGUGGCGCGGGCGAGUCAUCGCCGGGCCUCGCCGUCUGGGUCUUUCUUCCCUCCCCCCGCCUGGGCGUGGGGGGUCGACCAGCCAAGUGGGGCGGGAGGCGCCUCGGACCUUCCUCUUCGUUUCGUUCUGGCCAGCUCACCGGUUACCGGCGCUGGGGUCCUUGGGGCCCGCGAGGCCCGGUCUGAGAGGCCGGGGCCCGCCGCUGGGCCCCAUGAGGCACAGCCUGACCAAACUCCUGGCGGCCUCGGGCACUGACUCCCCAACCCGCAGCGAGAGCCCGGCGCAGGCCGCCACCUGCCCGCUGCCCCGGGACUGGGCCCGGGCGGCCGCAGCGGAGGAGGAAGAGACGGCGGCCUCCAGAUCUCCCGGCGGCGAGGGCGAGUUGGAGGACGGGAGGGGCGGCCGCGGCGGCGUAGCGGUGCGCGCGCCCUCGCCCGAGGACAUGGAGGAGGAGGCGAUCGCCAGCGUCCCCGGGGAGGAGACGGAGGACAUGGACUUUCUGUCCGGGCUGGAACUGGCGGAUCUGCUGGACCCCCGGCAACCGGACUGGCACCUGGAACCCGGGCUCAGCUCGCCGGGGCCUCUCUCCUCGUCCGGCGGAGGCUCCGAUAGUGGCGGUCUAUGGAGAGGGGACGACGACGACGAAUCCGCGGCUGCCGAGAUGCAGCGCUUUUCUGACCUGCUGCAGAGGCUGUUAAACGGUAUUGGAGGCUGCAGCAGCAGCAGUGACAGUGGCAGCGGCGAAAAGAGGCGGAGAAAGUCCCUUGGCGGAGGCGGCGGCGGCGGCGGCGGCAGCGGCAACGACAACAACCAGGCGGCGACAAAGAGUCCCCGGAAGGCGGCGGCGGCUGCUGCCCGUCUUAAUCGGCUGAAGAAGAAGGAGUACGUGAUGGGGCUGGAGAGUCGAGUCCGGGGCUUGGCAGCCGAAAACCAGGAGCUGCGGGCCGAGAAUCGGGAGCUGGGCAAGCGCGUGCAAGCACUGCAGGAGGAGAGUCGCUACCUACGGGCCGUCCUGGCCAACGAGACCGGACUGGCUCGCUUGCUGAGCCGGCUGAGCGGCGUGGGACUGCGGCUGACCACCUCGCUCUUCAGAGACUCGCCAGCCGGUGACCAUGACUACGCUUUGCCGGUGGGAAAGCAGCAGCAGGACCUGCUGGAAGAGGACGACUCAGCGGGCGGAGUGUGUCUUCAUGUGGACAAGGAUAAGGUGUCGGUGGAGUUCUGCUCGGCGUGCGCCCGGAAGGCGUCGUCUUCUCUUAAAAUUUUCUUUUUUAGGUGAUUUCCUUCCUGCCAGGCUCCGUUGUAGGGGUUACAGAGCAGUCGUUCCCGCCUCACAACCUGGUAAGGAUCCAUCUCUUCACGUAACGCUCAUGCUCUGCUGCUUAGUCUACUUUAAUGGGCAACAUCUCAAUUUUGUGUGUGCGUGUGAUUUUUUUUUUCUUUUUUUUUUCCUUUUUUGAAAGGCGGGAGGGGAAUCUAAUUUGGGCCCUGUCCACCCUGGAAACAGACUUGUGCUGGUCAAUAAUGUAUUUAAGAUGCUUCUUAUGGUUGAAAUAGCUGUUAAUGUGUCCCCUUGUUCAGACUUGCGUGUACCUAGCUCUUCUGUCCCCAGUGUGGACAUGGCCUUGGAUGACAUCGAUUCCAACUGUACACUGAAAGCUGCUAUUAGAGAUACAGUUUGGAGACAGUGAAACAGGUGAAGUUGAAUGGAAGUUCUGAGUUGUACAAGGUGCAAGUUGGAAUUCCAGUAUUAGAGCAACUUUUCAGAGGUUGACAAUAAGUGUUUGGGGCAUGCAUAAAUAUGAUAGUUAUUUUGCUGGAGGUGACAACAAAAUAACUUAAAUAUUCAAGAAUGCCUUUUAGUUUUAAGUAGAUCUAGAACUACAUUAUUCAGGUUAUUAGGUUUUAAUAUCGCACCAUUAGAGAAGUUGGAAAUUAACAUGCAUAUCAGACUCCUGUGUUAAUUAUUUAAAGGAGGAAUAAGAAUGGUUAAUGAAAUGUUUCUUUGAGGACCAGCACAGUGAUUACCCUAUCACUGAGUAUGAAUAAAUUGUUGAAAACCUUUAUUUUUGUUGUAUAAAAAUUUUAGGUUAAAUUUAUGUAUGAUUCAAUUUUGAAGGUUGUGAAAUGUGAAUGAAAACAUGUAAAGUGAGGCUUCACAAAGAAUCUUUCCAUAUUUCAAUUGAGUAGUUCUGGCUACUUAAUGACAUGAUUGACACUUUCCAAAGAUCGGAUAUAUUCUUCCCUUGAAGUUUUUCUGUUAUCUCUUGUCCAGUUGUAUAAAUUGAGUUAUGGUGACUGUCAGUAUAAGAGGCAUUAUGAAAUUCUUUGUGAAACAUCACUGUUUGAUAAAGUAUAUACCUAUUUAGCAUCCUUGUUUUUCUUUGUGCUAAAGUGGAUACAGCUGUUGGGGCAGAAGAGACGGGACCAGCUGCUGGCCACAUUUCCUGCUUUAUUUUAAAAGGUAGUAUAAGAAAUGAGGAAAAAGAGGUAAUAUCAGGGCUUCUGCUGUCUUUCUUUUAAAACGUUCAUAAUUAAGAGGUUUUUUCGGCAGUCCAAAGAUGUAAGUUCUCUUACACACAAAAUGUUUUAUUUUGUUGUUAUUUGUUUAUGAAAAUGGAAUCCUUGUUCUUGCACAACUGUAAAUGUUUUGUUGCUAGAUAAUACUAUUUGAGACCUAACUUGGUCUCUGGUUCCCAGUGCAUCACAGCAAUUUUGUAAAAUCAUCUACUGCACUUGAGCAUGAAUGGGUAGUAGCCAAACUCACAACUUGGAGUGAUGAACCUGCUUAUAGCUAAGUGCAGGAGCAAGCCCGUCACGAUGCAGCUGCAUGGGUUUUUAGUGCCUACUGAAUUAUACAUAUAUAUAUCUAUAUAUAAACCAAAAGUAGUUGGAAAAAUUAUUUGAAAUGACUAAUUUGUGCUAUCUUUAUGGAAUAUGUUAAAUGUAGAUUUUUGAAACAGAAGCCUUGAAUUGAAGUUUAAUUAAUACUUGAACAUUUUGUAUAUACUUCUUUGUAUAUAAUUUUGUGCAGUACCAAUGACAAAAAUAUGGUGUCAUAAUAAAACCAGGUUUGUUGAUCUUUCAGUUAUGGGCUCAAAGAAUUUUUUCAUCUCUAAUAUGACAUUGAAAAAUAACCGAUGAGAAUAGGAAAAAUGAUUGUUGUUCACGUUGACUGUGGGUCUUAAAGGUUCUGAAAGCAGUAAGUGCGUUUUUCUAAAAAUUAUACCAUUCCCUGGAAUAUUUUCUUCUAAUGUCAAUGCUUUUCCUGCAUUAUUUGAAGUUGGAGCUUGGGAAAAACAGUAGUCAAAAGCUUUCUGAGUUGGGAUGCUUUGAAAUUCCAAGUGUAGACUUUUAGAAUGUCAUUUUAUAAAUGGCAGUUUUUGAAAAUACUUGAUUAAGAACUUUUGAAAGUGGGGAUUAGUAUCGCCUAUUUUUAAAGCUGCUUUGUUAGGUUACUUAUGUUUUAACUGUCUUAGUUUCCAUUUCAUUUUUUUUUUUCUUUCUAAUUUUGGUGACAGUGAUUUUGUCAUUUUUUACAUCAACUUCAUAGUCUUGUUUUUACAUGGUAUUGCAUGUAUUUAGGACCUAACGGGAUUUAAAUAAAUUUGGUCAUAUUUAUGUGUAAGCACAUUUUACUGUAAAUGUUUGAAUUUCUGAAUU